AAUUGAGUCCUGCCCUCGGCAGUGUCGAUCUUAAGACCGAGGAAAGUUUCUUCAGUGCGGAAUCCCCGUUAUUGUCAGGAUGGGAAUACCAGUUGUCCUUUUACUGCUGACAAUCCAAUCCUCUGCUAACUACAUGACCGCUGGACAAGAGGACAACGAAAUUCUCAAACACACCGCCACACAGGUCAAGCACCAGAAUCAGAUUGAGCACAUCAGGGUUACUGCCAGCAAUUUGAGCCAUACACCUCUUAAUGUUCUUGCAACAGACCCACAGCACUCCAUGACCUCUCACCCAAGCACUGGUUGCCAGGGUAGCCAAGUGAGCAUGGAGGGUCAGAACUGCUCCUGUGCUGCAGGCUAUGCUCAGAGGGGGGCAGCAGAGUGUGAUGACAUUAAUGAGUGUGAGCAGGGUAACCCUGGGCCCUGUGGUUACCACAGCAACUGCACCAACACCCCUGGUUCCUUUCUGUGUAGCUGUCUCCGUGGUUAUCUGAUGACUGCUGGAGGUUGUCAGGAUAUAGAUGAAUGUGCAUUAGCUGCAGUAACUGGUCUGCAGGCUUGUGGCAGAGGGGCAACAUGUAAGAAUAGCCCUGGGUCCUUCUCUUGCCACUGUCCAGCUGGAUUUGUCCUGGCAAUUGUUGGACACAACUGUAUCGAUGUGGAUGAGUGCAGUUAUGAAGAGAGCUGUCGGAGGGAGCUGGGGAAUGUGUGUGUGAACACAGAGGGCAGCUACAAAUGUGUGUGCCAGACUGGCUUCAGAGAAGAGAAGGCAGCUUGCAUGGGUGCUUUGUGUCCUGUCUUCCACACAUGUAAAGAUGUGGAUGAGUGUGUUGAGCUGAAAGGUGUGUGUACUAAUCGAGGAGUGUGUGAGAACACAUUGGGAAGCUACAAGUGUGUGUGUUCAAAUGGCUACCGUGGAAAUGGAACACACUGUACAGAUGUAAACGAGUGUGUAUCAGGGGUUCACACCUGUGAUGUAAAUGCUCGCUGUGGAAAUGUCAUGGGCUCAUAUUUCUGCCAGUGCCACCAGGGGUACAGUGGAGACGGCCACACCUGCUACGAUGUUGACGAAUGUGCAAUAAACAACGGCCAUUGUGAGCACAGCUGUGCCAACCUGCCUGGCACGUACAACUGUGUGUGCAAAGUAGGAUACGCAUUGACAGAGGACCUACACAAUUGUACAGAUGUGGAUGAAUGUGUAAGUGGUAAUGGAACGUGUGAGCAGAUGUGCACUAACACACCAGGCUCAUUCCAGUGCUCCUGUCAGCCGGGAUAUCAGUUGCACAUAGACAGAUACAGCUGUGUGGACAUAGAUGAAUGUAAGUUGCAGAAUGGCGGCUGUUCUCAUGGCUGCACAAACACACCAGGAGGACACAUAUGCCACUGCCCAGCUCCACUACUGCUGGACCAUCUCAACACCAUCUGUGUCAACAUCACUUCCUGUUCUUUGCGGAAUGGGGGCUGUGAUCAUGUAUGCUCUCUGGGUGCUGAGGGACGCGUUCAGUGCAGCUGCAGAGAUGGCUGGGAGUUGGCCAACGACCAAAGAAUCUGCCUCGAUGUGGAUGAGUGUGUGAGUUUUAAUGGGGGAUGUGAGCAGGUGUGUGUAAAUCAUGCGGGCAGCUUUAACUGUUCAUGUAGGUCAGGGUUUGAACCUCGCACUGAUGACUCCACUAAAUGCCAGCCGGUGUGUGAACCUAGUUGCCAGAAUUCUGGAGUGUGUAUUGCUCCUAACACCUGUGAUUGUCCUGCCGGCUACCCAGGACCUGGAUGCUCAGCUAUGUGUACACCACCUUGCUCUCAUGGAGGAACCUGCAUGCGCUGGAACACCUGUCUCUGCCCCCCUGGCUGGACUGGAGAGGGUUGCCACACAGCGGUGUGUGAGUUACCAUGUGGAAAUGGUGGUCGGUGUGUAGCUCCUAACACCUGCCAUUGUCCUUCUGAUUAUGCUGGUCCUCAGUGCCUUACUCCUCUCUGCACUCCUCCAUGUCUGAAUGGUGGGAGGUGUGUGGAUGUCAACACCUGCAGCUGUGCUGGAGCCUGGCAAGGAGCUCGAUGUCAGAUAGAACCUGUGCAGUGUGUAAAGCCCUGUAAGAAUGGUGGAGUGUGUGUGGGAUUCAACAGAUGCCGCUGCAUCAGUGGCUUUACAGGGACUCUCUGUGAAACAGCUAUCACUACUCCCUGUGUACCACCCUGCCAGCAUGGUGCCACGUGCAGCCCUCACAACACUUGCACCUGCCCAAAAGGGACCAGUGGCCUGCGCUGUGAGAAACUGACAUGUCCAGUGGUGACCACAGUGGUCAGUAUGGCCCGAGCAGUGCGUAAAGGAUUUAGAGAAAGUUAUGUGGAUCGUUGUGGACCUCUGGGAGUCCAGCUUUGCACCAAAUACAGGAUAAACCAAGCACGUGUGUAUCUUCAGGCAUACAGAGUGGGCUACAAGAUCCAGUGUCCUGAUAAAGCAGUUUGACACACAAUCCAACAUUUGGACCCUCACUAACUUCCACAGACAAUUAUGUACUGUAUCACAUUUACACACAUACAUAAAUAAGAUCUGAUUUGAUUUUUUUGGUAAGAUUCAGAAUCAAGACACUUUUUUUUUAUAUCAUCUUAGACUUGGUCUCAGUUUCAAUAGUAUUUAUUAGGGGUGUGGGAAAAAAUCGUUUCUUGGGUGCAUCGCAAUGUGGAUGUGAACAAUUCUGAAUCGAUUCACAAAUGUCAAAAAUAGAUUUUCUAAAUAUUUAAUUUGUAACAAUGUUGACAGAACGCAAAAGGCAGAACUUAGAAGUUUGGAAGUGCAGCUCCCAGACAGUCUGUGAGGUGCACAUAAAAACACAUGGAUGAGCGAGAAAUCCGAACAGCCCACAGAGUCACAACCCAAAUGUUUAGAAGAGACAUUUUGUCAUCUCAACAAAAAUUUGAGGGCUCGACGUCUAAUACCUUGGCAGACAUUUAUGUCCAGUAUGUCUCAUUAUGUGCGAAUGUCCUAGUAUUAAGUUAAAUAUAAAUGAAAACGUGGACUUACUUGGCUCUGCUUUAAGUUUUAGCUAUAGCUGCUUUCCCCCCAUCUCACCAGAAAAGUACUUCCUCUAAAGUAGAUCAGUUUCUUAUAAAAUGUUUCUCAACGUUUGGCUUUUUUACAAGGCUGAAGUCGUCUCUCACUCUCCAG